CCGUAGUGAAAACACCUGUAUUGUGCCACGUCACACGUGAAUCGUAACGCGAUCGAAAUGGCAGCGGAAACUUACGGUCACCGAAUGAUUUAUUCUGAAAAAGACAUGUUUACCUCCGACGUCAUGAUGGAAUAUUCGACGGAAGACUGUUACUUAUCCUGGCCCAGAUCCCCUGACUCUGGAAGAUCGAGUUUGGAACCAACACCUUCGCUUGAUGGCAGUAUUCACCAAGACUCCUCGCACAUUGCGUACAGAGGAUUAUCCAGAGAUAUCCUUGAAGACAGCAUCGAAGACGAUGGUUUAGAAGGCUCCGGGAAGAGAAGAGGACGUGCAACUAGUGCCGCUGUGUUAAGAAGAAGAAGAUUAGCAGCUAAUGCCCGUGAAAGGAGAAGAAUGCAGAAUUUGAAUAAGGCCUUUGACAGACUUCGAGGACAUCUGCCUUCUUUGGGCGCUGAUCGUCAGCUCUCCAAGUACGAGACGCUACAGAUGGCCCAAACCUAUAUCGCAGCUCUGUACGAACUGCUGCAAUAAGUAGGUAUAGUGUUCGUUUUUAGUUUGCCAAAUUUUCUGUAUAUUGUGCACAAGUUUAUAGUGAAGGGGCUACGUAGAAAUAUUAUACAGGGAUAUUUAUUUAAGUACCAGAUAAUACUCAGCGUUACCAAUUAGGGGUUAAUUUUUUUUCGUAUUGCGGCUACGUGUUUUGGUGUCAUGUGUCGAAUUUUACGCUUAUUAAUUAUAGUAUCUUUUUAUUGUAUUUUUAGUUUUAAGUAUUCCACCAGUAUAAUCCGUCCUACCGAUAGUUUUAGUAAGUAAGCCCCAUCAUCUUGCCAACUAUAGUAUUAUGUUUAGAGGAUUAGGAUAUCGAGCCAGUAUUGUUGUUAAAACUAUUAGAUAGUAGGCUGUUUGUGUAUAUUCGAUUUUAGAUGCAAUGUUUUGUAAA